UCUCAUUACCGUUACUUCCAUCAUCAAUCUUCUUUUUCUUCUCCAUUAUAAACUCUCGCUGAUUUUUUCUCCACUUGAAGAUUAUAGAAAUGAUGAUCGACUAUGAAGACAUGCCUAAGUUAUCUCAACUUCAUCUCUCUAAUUCUAAUUCCUUUAUCAGAGAUGUAAACUACAGCUGUGGUUCGUGUGGUUAUGAGCUGAACUUGAAUUCAAGCAACCGCAACACAACAUUGUCUCUAACUGAUUCAAAUUAUGGAAAAUCAAUUAAAAAGAGGAAGAGAUGUCUGAUUUCCUUCUUCUCCGUCGACGAAACCAGAUUCACUCAAAUACAACAAUUCUCAUUCUCAUUCUCAUGGAGGAUUUCUUUUUUCAAUUUCCAACGGACAACAACAACCAAACUCCUCUGCCGCAACUGCAGGAAUCAUCUAGGUUAUGCUCGCACUUUCCCUUCUCAAUCUCAUUCUCAUUCUCAUUCAUGGGAUGGUAUCUCUGAUUCUAGAAUCUUCUACAUCAAACUCAAUGCCAUACAACCUUCCUCAUAAGUUAAUUUCAUAUUUGUACGAAUGUCAAUUAUUAUGUAAUGGAGAAGUAAAUGUUAGUUGCUGUACUUGUUAUUCAGAUAGAGUUAGUUUUUUUUUUUUUUUUUUACAUAACUCGGUUAUAGUUCUUUAAAAUUCGCUGUUUCUCAUCUUUAUACAUACAGUUCUAUCAAUGUAGUUCUAUAUCUUUUGAUCACCAUGAAAUUGGCAUAUUUGAUUCUGUUUCAUCCA